GCGUGGCGCUGCCCGCUUCCCUCGCCCCCCGCCCCCGCCCCGGUGUUGUUGUCUCUUUACGGCCGCGGCCGGCGGCUCUCGCGAGAGCGGCGUUGGCGCCGUGACCUCCAUGUGAGAGCGGCGGCGCCUGGUAAACACUCCCCGGGGUUGGGAGAUGGCUCUCGGCGGCGCCCGUUAGCCCCGGCGCGGCGCUUCCCGCCCGGCCGCGCCUCAGCCCCGCGCUGACUCCGGGGCGGCGCGGCGCGGCUCAUUGCGACGCGCAGCCGCUCGUCUCGGCUGUCCCGCCCUCCCCGCGUCCCCUCCGAGCGGGGCCGGCGGCCCGGCGGGCGGGGAACCUCGCGCCCGUUCCGCGCGAUUUAAAAACCCUGCCCCGCCGAUCCGAACAAAGAGCGGGGACGCGCCCGGCCCCCUCCCCUCUCCUCCCGCCUCGCACGCCGCGGCCGCGCACCCCGAGAGCGGCGGAGCGGCCGCGUCCCGCCUCCCCGCGCCGCGGCCGGACGAGCCAUGUGGAUCCAGGUGCGCACCAUCGACGGCACCGAGACGCAGACCAUCGACGACCUGAGCCGGCUGACCAAGAUCGAGUGCCUGCGGGAGAAGAUCCAGGAGACCUUCCGCGUCAGCCCCGACCGCCAGCGCCUCUUCUACAGGGGCAAGCAGCUAGAAGAUGGACACACGUUAUUUGACUACAAUGUUGGACUCAAUGACAUUGUUCAGCUUUUGAUACGUUCUGAAUCUGAAGCUCCUGCCACUGCUUCUAUGACUGAUCAAGAUGGAGAAGUCAGUCCCUGUGCUAUUUCUAACUGUAAGAACAAAGUAAAAAAACCAAGUAGUGGAUCACCUAGUCAGCCAUCUACAUCAUCUCGUUCAUUUCUCAUUGAUCCUGGCAUAGGAUUGUACAAGAUAAAUGAGUUGGUGGAUGCACGUGAUGUCAGCAUUGGAGCCUGGUUUGAAGCUCAUAUAGAAAACGUUACCCGAGCAACAAAGGGACAUAAGAAUGGUAAAGCUCAAGGAAAGAGCAGUAAUACUUACAAAAGGACUAAUGGAAGCUUAAGUCAAGAGCAUUCAAGAGAGAAUGCAAAUAAUUUGGACAGUACACCGUCUACAUCUUAUUCAGACUGUAUGGACAGUGAAGAAGUUAUUUAUCAUAUCAAGUAUGAUGAGUACCCAGAGAGUGGCAUAGUAGAAAUGGACAUCAAUAAUCUUCGACCCCGAGCAAGAACAAUUCUGAAGUGGAGUGAAUUGAAAGUGGGUGAUGUGGUGAUGGUUAACUACAAUGUUGAGACUCCAGAAGAAAGAGGAUUUUGGUUUGAUGCAGAAAUUACCUCUUUGAGAGAAAUCUCAAGGACUAACAAAGAGGUUCAUGCUAAAAUUCUGCUGGGAGGCCCAGAAGACACGAUAAAUGAUUGUAAAAUCCUUUUUAUAGAGGAAAUGUACAAGAUUGAAAAGCCAGGAGCUUACCCAUUGACAUUUGGUGAUGGAGAUUUCAAAAGAAAAAGUGGCCCUGAGUGCAAGCACUGUAGGGCUGAUCCAGAUAAGGAAUGCCGGUUUUGUUCGUGUUAUUUGUGUGGUGGAAAACAGGAUGCUCACAUGCAACUCCUGUGUGAUGAAUGUAAUAUGGCUUAUCAUAUAUACUGCCUGAACCCUCCCUUAAGCAAGAUACCAGAAGAUGAGGACUGGUAUUGUCCUUCCUGCAAAAAUGAUUCUAAUGAAGUUGUAAAGGCUGGAGAAAAGCUCAAACAGAGUAAAAAGAAAGCAAAGAUGCCAUCUGCCAGUACUGAAAGCCAGAGAGACUGGGGCAAGGGCAUGGCCUGUGUUGGUCGCACUAAGGAAUGCACUAUUGUUCCUUCAAAUCAUUAUGGGCCCAUACCUGGUGUUCCUGUUGGGACAACUUGGAAGUUCAGAGUUCAGGUGAGCGAAGCAGGUGUUCACAGACCACAUGUGGGUGGAAUUCAUGGACGCAGUAAUGAUGGAGCUUAUUCACUUGUAUUAGCUGGAGGGUUUGAAGAUGAAGUGGAUCGAGGAGAUGAAUUCACUUACACUGGGAGUGGAGGUAGAGAUCUUUCUGGCAAUAAAAGAAUUGGAGAGCAUUCAUUUGAUCAGACAUUAACACACAUGAAUAGGGCACUGGCCCUUAACUGCGAUGCUCCACUGGAUGAUAAAAAUGGGGCAGAGUCUAAGAACUGGAGAGCUGGUAAGCCAGUGAGAGUGGUACGUAGUUCAAAAGGACGACGGAUCAGCAAGUAUGCCCCAGAGGAAGGCAACAGAUAUGAUGGCAUUUACAAGGUGGUGAAAUAUUGGCCAGAAAUUGGAAAAUGUGGAUUUUUAGUUUGGCGCUAUCUUCUGAGGAGAGAUGAUGUUGAGCCUGCACCUUGGACUUCUGAAGGAAUGGAGAGGACAAAGAAACUGGGUCUGAGUGUACAGUAUCCAGAAGGUUAUUUGGAAGCCAUGGCUAGUAAGGAGAAGAAAGAUAAGGUUAAAAAGCAAACUGUGAAACAAGAGCCAACCAGCCAGAGUAAUGGAAACCAGAAAAGAACAAUUGAUGAUGGUAUUGAGGAAUCUACAAAUACACCUAAAGCCAUGAGAAUGGGAGAUGGAGGGAAAGGAGAAGCUUUUCAGCUGACCCAAGAACAGCAGUGGCUGAUUAGAGAAGAUUGUAUGAACCAGAAACUGUGGGAUGAAGUACUUGCUUCUCUGAAGGAAGGACCAAAUUUUCUGAAGAAACUGGAACAAUCCUUUAUGUGUGUCUGCUGCCAGGAGCUGGUUUACCAGCCAGUGACAACAGAGUGCCUCCACAACGUCUGUAAAAGCUGUUUACAGCGCUCCUUCAGAGCUGAGGUCUUCACCUGCCCUGCCUGCCGCUACGACCUGGGGAAGGGCUACACUAUGGUUCAUAACAAGAUACUGCAGACCCUGUUGGACCAGUUCUUCCCUGGUUACAGUAAAGGACGAUGAUGUGCUCAGAUCCUUCUGAACUCCUCCCAGUGACUUUAUAGACAGUUAAGGAGAAUAAAUGUGGGAAAUUCAACAGUGGACCAGCCAGCUUGAUGGGACUCAAUAUGUUGUCACAUUUUGAAGCAGCUCACCCUCUUCCCCUCAUAGCCAUCUUUUUGGUGUAGUGAGAUCUCUUAAUUCUCGGCUGUCUUUUAACAUCAAGGGUAGUUUGGGCCAGUUAAUGAAUAGUUUUUAAAGAAAAAAAUGAAAAGCUUCAGCUCCCACUGGCCUAGCUGAUGCUUGAUUUAUGAUUUGUUUUUUUUGUAACUACCUCAGGACAGAGGAAAAUAAAUUAUGGGGAUGACAAAAAGUUAGCGAAUUUUUAGCUACACACUGCCUCCUGAAUAAUAGUUGUGCCUGGUCCGUGUGGUUUGAUUUACAAAAAAAAAAAAAAAAAAAGAAAGAAAGAAAGAAAAAAAGAAAGAAAAAAACAAAAACAAAACCAAAACAAAACCCCACAAAAACAGCAAAAAACAGAAACAGCACUUAAGCCAGCUGGAUUAAAGAACAGCAAAUUAUGUGGUGUGCAUAAUCCUUUUUUGUCUUUUUCUUCCAUUAUGCUGUAUUUUUUUGCGAGAACAGGCUGAUUUUUAGUCUAUUUUUGUGAGCUUCAUUGUGCUUUUCUUGUAUCUUAUGCAAGUUGACUACUAAUGACUAAUGAGAACAAUAUGAAUGCAUUGUUGCUACAUUAGUGUAAAGUGAUCUGUGUUUUUUGCACUUAAAGAGGGUAUUCAAGACACUCUAGUUGUGUAAAAAAUAUUUCGUAUAAAGAACUGCCACUUCUGUAUUAGUUAAACUGUAUGCUUUUAGUAGGUCUUGUAUCAGUGGCAAUACAUCUACACAGCAUUGAAGGCAGUGCUAGCUCGGAGAAGGUUCAAAUCGCUUCAUAUUGUGAUCUGAAAUUUUAUAUACAAUAUAUCUCCCCCAAAUAUACCUUAUUAAAUAUUUUAUGAUUCAGAAAAAAUCGCUAAUUUUGUUU